GAAACGCUUGUCAGUGGCUUUAGAUUAUAUGAGAAAUAAGAAACAAAAAUCAUAUAAAAAACAAAAAUAAAAAAUGUUAUUGCAACAAUAAAACGCAAAGAAAAAUUAACGAUGAAUAAUUAAAGUUUUUUUUUUAAGUUGAGCUGAAGGUACAUAUUAAUACCAUCGGGCGAGCAACAGAAUAAAAAAGAAUAUACAAUAAUCGUGGGUAAAUAGGAACAGCAAGUGGAAAAAUUUCGAAGGAAAAUCGAACAAACGAAACCCAACUCUAAACCAAAGAUCAAGUAAAAAUAAAAUUUCAACACAAACGGGGACGGUACAAGUGCAAAUGUUGAAUGUUGGAAUUGAUUGUUAUAAGACGGGGUAGGCCGUCUGUGUGCAAGAGCGAGAGAGGCGACGCAGGUGAAUGGAUGGCAAAUAAUUUGCAAAAAAAAUACAAUUAAUGUAUCGCCGUUAAUAGCUAUUCUCCAGAGAUUAAAAAAGUCGAAGCUCCAUUUGCUUCAUUUACCAAGGACGUAAAAGACUUUUGGCCGAAAAGAGGAAAGAAAACCGCCCACCUCCUUAAACAGUGACAUUAAAGGUGGUUGAUAAGCAGUUAACGAGGGGCACAGCUCCUGCUUUCUAAAAGCCGUUGCUGUUGUCUCUGGAGAGUCUAUUGAUCCUUUCAAAUUAAGGACACAGUUUAACAAUUGAACAUGUGCGACUCAGAUUCGAAAAAAGAGAAAUGGAUUUGCGAUUAUUGCACCUACGAAAAUUUCCCAUCGGCAAUCAAAUGCACCAUGUGUAAGGGAGUAAAGCCAAUGGUGAAUGAGGAUAUAUUUCGAUUGAGUCCCCCCCAACCCUCAUAUAAAGCUGAUACCGAUGUACAUGGUGCAGUUGCUGAGGUCAAAGAAGCAGACUCCAAUGAUGUAAUAGCUUGCUCUCAGCAGGAUACUCCAAAUACAACCGGGGAUGUAGCAACAACCGAUCCCGAUUGCAAGUGGUCAUGUAAAAUGUGUACUUAUAAAAAUUGGCCAAGGAGUAUACGUUGCGUUCAAUGCUAUACAAAACGGGGAAGUGCAUCGGAUACAAGCCCUUCUCGUGAAAUCGGUGCCACUUCAGUAGCAACGCAGCGUUCCUCCCCCAUACUGACACACACUCUUUUGGAACGCGACAUUUCCGAUACAAAAUCUAUUAUUGAUUGUGCCAGUUCAGCUGAAGAGGCGAGUAACAAUCAACAAAAUCUUCAAGAGAGGCUUAGUAAAAUGCAUAUAGCAGCUGGUGCAGCCGCAGCUGCCGCCCAACGUCUCAGUCCAGUAGAGGUCUCGACUUUACAUCUCAACAAUCUCGCCAAUAUAAGUUCUCAAACACAGUCCUCCACCUGUUUAUCAUCCACCUCAAGUAAUCCACAGCUACCAAAUUAUACAAAAAAAUGGGCCUGCAAUACUUGUACUUAUGAAAAUUUCCCCAAAAGUCUCAAAUGUUCCAUGUGUGGCAAUCCUCGUGAUAGUAAUAGCUCUUCUGCCACUGCCAUCAACAACAGCAUUGAAAUAAAUGCCAGCGGUGGAGGAGUAGGGAGCGGCGGCGGCGGCGGCUGUGGAGGAGGAGGUAGCAGUAAAAAUCAAACAAAUAUAACAUGUAGUGAUAAAUUGAAUGAUACCGUCUCAUCGAAUAAUUCCUUUAACAAGCAACAAAAUAUUUAUCAACUUGGUUCUGAUACUAUAAAUAACUGUGAUACAAUUCAAGAACGUCAGGAACGUCGAAUCCGACAGAUUCGUCGUCAAGUAGAUUGGCAGUGGUUAAAUGCUUGCCUAGGUGUUGUGGAAAACAAUUACAGUGCAGUGGAGGCAUAUCUUUCAUGUGGCGGGAAUCCGGCCCGUUCCUUAACCAGUACAGAAAUUGCGGCUCUAAAUCGUAAUUCAGCUUUCGAUGUUGGCCACACUCUGAUACAUUUGGCCAUACGAUUUCACCGUGAGGAGAUGUUGCCCAUGUUGUUGGCGCAAAUUUCUGGAUCGGGCCCGGGAAUUAAACGAGUGCCCUCAUAUGUUGCUCCUGAUUUAGCAUCCGAUAUACGUAGACAUUUUGCCAAUAUGCUGCGUAUGCGAAAAUCUAUGUUCCCAUGUACGUAUGUACAGGAACAUGCCACAUUUCUUCUACCGGCUGAAAUAGAAGAAUUGCCCUUGCCCAUCCAGGAGCAAUUGUAUGAGGAACUCUUGGACCGAGAUGCCCAAAAACAAUUGGAGAAUCCACCACCAGCCUUAAAUUGGUCACUGGAAAUAACGGCUCGCCUUGGUUCACGUUUAAUGGUUUUGUGGAAUCGUAGCGCCGGCGAUUGUUUAUUAGAUUCAGCUAUGCAAGCAACAUGGGGCGUUUUCGACAGAGAUAACAUAUUACGACGGGCGUUGGCUGAUAGUUUACACCAAUGUGCACCCAUAUUUUAUUCUCGCUGGAAAGAGUAUGAAAUGGUGCAGGCAUCUAUGUUACACUUUACUCUUGAAGAGGCACAGUGGCAAGAAGACUGGUCCACUUUGCUGUCAUUAGCUAGCCAACCGGGAGCCUCUUUGGAGCAAUUGCAUAUUUUUGCAUUAGCCCAUAUUUUAAGGAGACCGAUAAUAGUAUAUGGUGUGAAGUAUGUCAAAAGUUUUAGAGGUGAAGACAUUGGCUUUGCUCGAUUUGAGGGUUUGUAUUUGCCAUUGUUCUGGGAUCAAAAUUUUUGUAUAAAAUCUCCCAUUGCAUUGGGCUAUACGAGGGGGCAUUUUAGUGCACUGGUACCGAUGGAGCCUUAUGCACGCAUCGAUUUGAGACGAGACGAACCGGAGGAUGUAACAUACUUGCCUUUAAUGGACUGCGAAUCGAAACUGUUGCCAAUACAUUUCCUAACACAGUCUGAGAUGGGUCGUGAAGAAGCUAUAAUGCGCCAAUGGCUUGAUGUUUGUGUUACGGAUGGCGGACUUUUAGUGGCACAACAAAAACUUCGCAAACGCCCAUUAUUGGUAGCUCAAAUGUUAGAAGAAUGGCUGAACCAUUAUCGACGUAUCGCGCAAGUUAUCACCGCACCAUUUGUACGCAACAGACACCACCAACAAAUCGGCUACUCCAGCGAUGGCGACUCCGAUGAGGAGUAAGUUGGACAUGUCACUAAGUUUUCUAAAGAUCCACAGCAACAACCACUUACUUCUACAUAAUAUGCUUAGUUAAGUACAUUGAGGAAACAACUAAUAUAUUUGAUAUAUAAAAAAUUAAAUGAAAUUUGUUCGUAGUGAA